ACCGCGGCUCUCUGGUUUUGUGUGGGUCCUGGGUGGAGGGCCCGGGUGCCGGGGCCCGAGGUGCCGCCUCGCUAGCGGGACAGGGAGCGGGAGCAGCGGCCCGGAGAGAGGUGAGGGGCUCUGCGCGGACUGCGGCCCCGCGGCCGGCCCCGCCCCCUUCUCAGCCCGCUCCGCCCGAGCCCCUGUCGAAUGCCACCCCGCCCCCCCGGCCUGGCGCGGUCGGCCGACCCCGCCUCUGGCUGACCACCUCCGAGCCCGUGGCCUCACCUCUGACCCCUAGGACCAGCCUUCCCAUCCUCCAGUGUCUCUGUCUCGACCCCUCCCACGCCUCCAAACCCUUCCCUGCCCUGGACCAGCCAGUCAGUGCGAGGGUCCUCGCGAAUCAAGGAGCUGCUUGCUGCUUCCAAGCGCGAUUCUACUGGCCCAGCCUUCCAAAGGGUGCUUAGGACACCCGUUACCCACAUCUUCGAGGGUAGCUUUUGCACAGGCUCCAGUGUCUACAGGGCGGGAGGAUGGAAACAGACCCUAAUUGGAACUGAGGUUCAGGGCAGGUGAGCAAGUGGCUUUGGCCAGGCACAGGCCAUGUUUUUCUAGUUUUCAUAAUAGGCAUAGUAUAGAAAGGGGGUGGCAACUACAGAAACAGCUCUUGAAGGUCUCAUAGAAACAACAGCAUGAUUCUAGUCAGUGCUUGUGAAGACAAAGGGGUAAAGAAAGGAAGCCACCAUUUACACUUAGAAAUUUAGUUCUUUCUGCUCUGGGCUGCACAGUACAAAGCCAAUCUAGGAAAUGUUAAAAUGGCCCCUCCCUCAUAGAGUCGGUGGCAGCCAUCUGACGUCCAGUCUCUGCUCUUUAGGUUUCUGAGAAGCAUGAGAGUCUAGAGUUUGCCAACUCAGCCAAAGAAGCCAUUGAGCAUUUGAUUUGGCAGCAGCUGCGUGUAGUUAAAUGGGGUCUUUCAGGUUACUCAUAACCUUUGGGUGUCCAGGGACAGAGUUCUGCUUUCUCUUGAUCUUGCUGGAAGGCUACUUCCAUGUUUUCUAAGAAAGGGAGUAUUUUGCUUCAUAGAAUACUAAAAGCAUUUCUCAUCUAUCCAAAGAUACCCAAAAACAUUGUUGCAUUUUUCUCUCCCGCCUGCCUACAAACCCUUUCCUUUUCCCCCAGCUCUCAGGGCCUGUGUGGGGCAAGAGGAUGCUUUCCCAGCCCCACCAUGGAGCUGCGCUGUGGGGGAUUGCUGUUCAGUUCUCGCUUUGAUUCAGGGAACCUAGCCCAUGUGGAAAAGGUGGAAACGGUUUCUAGCGAUGGGGAAGGAGUAGGAGGGGGGGCUUCAGCCCCCACUAGUAGCAUUGCUUCCCCUGACUACGAGUUCAACGUGUGGACCCGGCCGGACUGUGCUGAAACAGAAUUUGAGAACGGGAACAGGUCAUGGUUCUACUUCAGUGUCCGGGGAGGAACUCCAGGGAAACUUAUCAAGAUCAACAUUAUGAACAUGAACAAGCAAAGCAAGCUAUAUUCUCAGGGCAUGGCCCCCUUUGUGCGCACGCUGCCUUCCCGGCCACGCUGGGAACGCAUUAGAGACCGGCCCACCUUCGAGAUGACAGAGACACAGUUUGUGCUGUCCUUUGUUCACCGCUUCGUAGAGGGCCGGGGAGCCACCACCUUCUUCGCCUUCUGCUAUCCUUUCUCCUACAGCGACUGCCAGGAUUUGCUAAGCCAGCUAGACCAGCGCUUUCCAGAGAAUCACUCUACCCAUAGCAGUCCUCUGGAUAGCAUUUAUUACCACCGGGAACUUCUCUGCUAUUCUCUGGAUGGACUUCGGGUAGAUCUACUAACAGUCACUUCCUGCCAUGGGCUUCGAGAAGAUCGGGAGCCCCGUCUAGAGCAGCUAUUCCCUGAUCUUAGCACUCCCCGACCCUUCCGUUUCACAGGCAAAAGGAUCUUCUUCUUAAGCAGCAGGGUACACCCUGGAGAGACUCCGUCUAGCUUUGUCUUCAAUGGCUUUUUGGACUUCAUCCUUCGACCUGAUGACCCCCGGGCGCAAACCCUACGUCGACUCUUUGUCUUUAAGUUGAUUCCUAUGUUAAACCCUGAUGGUGUGGUUCGGGGCCACUACCGCACAGACUCCCGUGGGGUGAAUCUCAACCGUCAGUACCUGAAGCCUGACGCCAUCCUGCACCCAGCCAUCUAUGGCGCGAAAGCUGUGCUUCUCUACCAUCACGUGCACUCCCGGCUCAAUGCCAAGAGUCCCUGUGCCCCGCAGCCCAGUCUCCAUCUCCCGCCGCCUGAGACUCCUCUUUCUGACCUUGAGAAAGUCAACAACCUCCACAAUGAAGCUCACCUUGGACAGCCAUCUGAUGGGGAAAGCCCUGAGACCUGGGCUGAGACAGAGCCAGCAGCAGAAGAGAAGACUGACACUGUGUGGGUCCCGCCACAACAGUCUCCUGAACUGGAAGAGCCAGCCCCUGACACCAUCCCCCCAAAAGAGAGUGGUGUUGCUUACUAUGUGGACUUGCAUGGGCAUGCUUCCAAAAGGGGCUGCUUCAUGUAUGGAAACAGCUUUAGUGAUGAGAGCACCCAGGUGGAAAACAUGCUAUAUCCAAAGCUCAUCUCCUUGAAUUCAGCCCACUUUGACUUCCAGGGCUGCAAUUUCUCAGAAAAGAACAUGUAUGCCCGAGACCGUAGAGAUGGCCAGUCCAAAGAGGGAAGCGGUCGUGUUGCAAUCUACAAAGCCUCAGGGAUAAUACACAGCUACACACUUGAAUGCAACUACAACACUGGACGCUCAGUAAACAGCAUCCCUGCUGCCUGCCAUGACAAUGGGCGCGCCAGCCCCCCUCCGCCGCCAGCUUUCCCCUCCAGAUACACUGUGGAACUAUUUGAGCAGGUGGGACGAGCUAUGGCCAUCGCAGCUCUGGAUAUGGCAGAAUGUAACCCCUGGCCCCGAAUUGUGCUGUCAGAACACAACAGUCUCACUAACCUGCGGGCCUGGAUGCUAAAGCACGUGCGCAACAGCAGAGGUCUGACCAGCACUGUGAGCGUGAGCGUGGGCGUGAGCAAGAAGAGAGGAGCUCGAACUCCGCCCAAAAGUAACAAUGGAUUGCCCAUUUCCUGCUCUGAAAACACCUUGAGCCGGGCUCGAAGUUUUAGCACUGGCACAAGUGGUGGUGGUAGCAGCAGCAGCCAACAAAAUUCUCCACAGAUGAAGAACUCUCCCAGCUUUCCUUUUCAUGGCAGUCGGCCUGCAGGGCUGCCAGGCCUGGGCUCUAGCACCCAAAAGGUCAGCCAUCGGGUGCUGGGCCCUGUCAGAGAGCCCCGAUGCCCAGACAGAAGACGGCGGCAGCAGCCACUGAACCAUCGUCCUACCACAAGCAGCCUGGCCCCAUCUCCAACUCUUGCUAGUUCUGGCCCAGCCUCCUCACGAAAUCUGGGCUCCUGUCUACUGCCCAAUUCACUCAGCUUAUCAGGGAGCAGCUGCUCAUCCUCGUCUUCAGGGGACAAGCCAGAGGCUGUCAUGGUGAUUGGGAAAAGUCUGCUAGGGGCUGGUGCUCGGAUCCCCUGCAUUAGGACUCGUUUGCAGGCUAGGCCCAGGUUGGGCCGGAGCUCACCGCCGACUCGCGGAGGGAUGAGAGGCUCUUCAAGCCCCAUAUCCCCUAUCCCCCAGACCAGAGAGAGCAGUGAGCUGGAGCCGGGACCCCGCUCUGCUACACCAGGGCUGCCUCAGGCCGGCCCCCCACGGCCCCACUCUGCCCCUGCCUUUUCUCCUAUUUCCUGUACUCUAUCUGACUCCCCAACCCGGAUUUGUUACAGCAGGGGGCCCCUGAACCAGUGUGAGGUUUGUUUCGUCCCUAAAUCUCCAUCACUCACUAUUUCUCCCAGGGUCUGACCAUGCCUUUACCUCCAUGCCCAGGACAUAGACCUAAGGUGAGGGAACACAGUGAACGAUAUGUUAGUCCCGUCUUCCAGCUGCUGGUAU